AUGCGCGCACUUCUGCGGUGGGUGCUGUGGGAUGUAAAAGACACUCUGCUGAAGGUGCGUUCCUCCGUCGGAGAACAAUACUGUGAUGAAGCUAAACCAGGGGUUCCCUACCCCUGCACGAAACGAAUGGGCCUCAGCCUCAACCCUGCGGAGGUCGACGCUGCUUUCCGUCAGGCGUAUCGACAUCACUCCAGCACAUUCCCAAACUACGGCAUCACUCAGGGACUGGAUGGACAGUCUUGGUGGAAGGCAGUGGUGAAAGCCACCUUCUCCCUGUGCAAGGUGCAGGACCCGGCCAUUCUGAAAAUAUACCAGAACUUCCGCAAAGCAGAGAACUGGGAGGUAUUUCCAGACUCAAAGGUGGCUUUGGAGAACUGCUCCUUGCUGGGACUGCGCUUCCUGGUGACGUCAGAAGGAGCAGGUGUAGAGAAGCCCGAGGCGGCCAUUUUUAACCAGGCCCUGCGGAAGUGCGGCGUGCCGGCUGCCAGCGUAGCGCACGUCGGGGACCACUACGUGAACAAUUACCUGGCGUCACGCUCGGUCGGGAUCCAUGGCUUCCUUUUGGACCGAAAAAGCCCCUUUGAGCGACGUGAUGUCCCUAAAGAGCAUCGGCUGUCAUCGCUGGAUGAACUGCCUGUGCGACUUAAACAGCACAUGGACGCACACUAG